AAUGAGCAGCUCAGACCGGAAGUUGCGCGUGAGAGCUCCGUUUGUUUAUGUUUUUGGUUGGAUAGGAAAAUCCUGGAUUUACCCUCUAACUUAUACAAUACUUAUCAUUAUACUUACCGCUAUAAUCACUACUAUACUUCAGAGUACCGGGAUUAGAGCAGAGCUCCGCCCAGAAGCAGAGAGAAGCUUUAUCUCGCGGGUUUAAAGCGAGUUCACCAGGUGUUUCUCAGGUAAAGGUGAGAGAUGGAACCCGGAUCCGGUGUGGUCAGUUUACCGGCGAACCCGGAGAACAGCGCCGCCGAGAAACCGCGCACCAUUCUGCAAGAAGAGCAAUACAUACAGAAUCUGGAAAAGAUCAUUCAGAGGGAUUUUUUCCCAGAUGUGUCGAAGCUGCAGGCGCAGAAGGAUUACCUGGAGGCAGAGGAGCUCGGAGACCUGGAGCGCAUGCGUGAGAUCGCCAUCAAAUAUGGCACAGCUAUGGCCAAAUACACCCCCCGCACAUACGUUCCCUAUGUAACUCCAUCCACGUUUGAGACGCCGGACGCUCGCGCCGCAUCACCGUCCACCUCACACACCAAACCCAGAACUUCAGAAAACGGAGCUAAAGAUGGUGGUAAGGAGGAGAAGGAGCUCCCGUCCCUGGAUCGGUUCUUAGCGAAGAACACAAGUGAGGAUAACGCCUCGUUUGAGCAGAUCAUGGAUCUGGCUAAGGAUAAAGAGAAGUUGAAGAAUGCCUGGCUGUACGAGGCGGAGGAGGAGUUUAAGAAGAGGCACGAGGAGAACCUUGCACUGCCAUCGUCGGAGCAGCAGGCGUUGGAGUGUACAAAAGCGGGGGUGGAGACAUGGGAAUAUAAAGCCAGGAACGCUCUGAUGUAUUACCCCGAGGGUGUAAAGGACGACGCUGUGUUUAAGAAGCCGCGGGAGGUUCUGUAUAAGAACACUCGGUUUGAUGUGGAUCCGUUCUGUAAAGCUCUGAAUAAAUCCCAGAUCCAACAGGCUGCUGCUCUAAAUGCACAGUUUAAGCUGGGGAAAGUUGGUCCAGAUGGUAAAGAGCUCCUCCCACACGAGUCUCCCAAAGUGAAUGGCUACGGGUUCGAGGGAACGCCGUCACCUGCACCAGGAGUGUCCGAGUCUCCGCUGAUGACGUGGGGUGAGAUCGAGUCCACUCCAUUCCGACUGGACGGAUCAGAAACACCAAUCAUAGAGAGGAGCCAUGGCCCAUCAUUCAAGAUUCCUGAGCCCGGGAGGAGAGAGCGUCUGGGUCUGAAGAUGGCGAACGAAGUUGCUGCAAAGAACAGAGCCAAUAAACAAGAAGCCCUGCGCAAAGUAACAGAGAACCUGGCCAGUUUGACGCCGAAGGGUCUGAGUCCGGCGGCUCUGUCUCCGGCAUUGCAGCGUCUGGUCAACCGAUCGUCCAGUAAAUACACGGAUAAAGCUCUGAGGGCCAGUUACACCCCGUCACCUUCACACCGCGGUCUCGGUGCCAAGACGCCACACGGGGGCCCUGCCACACCCUCGGGAACGCCCACGCCCAGCAAGACCAAGACCCCCAUCACUCACGACCCAGCGUCCAUUACCGAUGACCUGCUGCAGCUGCCCAAGCGCCGGAAAGCAUCCGACUACUUCUGAUCAGAACUGGUGGGGCGGAACCCGGCCGGGUCAGAGACGAUAAACGCUGCUGUGAACUGAUUGGCCCGACUGUCCGAACAUUUAAUGACUGAUUUAAAGCAGACAUUCAUAAAUCCAUCUUAAAUAUACUGUUACAUCUACAGCAUACGUCUGAUCUGUGAUUCUGAUCAUAACUCACAUUUAAGAACAUCAGACUCUUCCACAGACUCUUAAUAGAUCUUUGUUUUUGUUUAUCUUCUUUAUUUUAAAUCAUUUUACUGAUUUUUUUUUUUUUUUUUUUUUUUUUUUUUUUUUGAAAACUGUGCACAGAAGUUAAAGUGGAAGACUUCGGUGGAUAAAAUGAGAUGAAACUCCAGAAA